AUGGCCGAGCGCUUCGCCUACGUGGCCGUCCUGGACCUGGAGGCGACGUGCUGGCGGGACGCGGGGCGCCGCGCGCCCGAGACCAUCGAGUUCCCGGCGGUGCUGCUGAACACGGCGAGCGGGCAGCUGGAGGCCGAGUUCCACAGCUACGUGCAGCCGCAGGAGCAGCCGCUUCUCUCCGAGUUCUGCACGGCGCUCACGGGCAUCACGCAGGAGCAAGUUGAAGAAGGGGUCCCUCUCAACAUUUGCUUGUCACAGUUUGUGAAAUGGAUCCAAAAGAUACAGCAGGAGAAGAAAAUUCUGUUCAUUUCAGAUACUCCCAAUAAUUCCACAUCAGAAGCAAAGCUCUGCACCUUUGUGACUUGGACAGACUGGGACCUGGGUGUGUGUUUGCACUAUGAGUGUAAAAGGAAGCAGCUAAGAAAACCAGAUAUUUUCAAUGCCUGGAUUGAUCUCAAAGCAACAUACAGAUUAUUCUAUAACAGGAAGCCUAAAGGUCUAAAAGGAGCAUUGCAGGAUUUGGGGAUAGCUUUUGUAGGACGGGAGCAUUCUGGGUUGGAUGAUUCUCGGAAUACUGCCCGGCUUGCAUGGAGGAUGAUUUGUGAUGGAUGUGUGCUGAAGGUUACUAAAUCUUUGAAUAAGGCACAUCCAAAGCAGAACCUGAUUUCCAGACCACUGAGUACAAACUUCACUGACAAAACUCUGCUGGGAAGUAAUAGCAGAGCUGAAACAUCCGGAGGUACAACAUGCAACGUGAGCUCUCCAUGCAAGGGAAACCACAACAGCGCUACCAGAGUUAGGAUAAAUUCCCAUGAAAAAAUGGAAGAGCAAAAGGAGAGAAAUACAAUUACGUCCUCUGCAGACAUCCAUGUGGUGCCUGGCACCAGCUCCAGGACUGACUUGGGUGAUCAAGCCCAGAGCUCUUUAGCAGCAACUGCAGACCCGGCUCCCCUCCGUCCUGGAGGGCCACAGCUCUGUUGCCCUGUGGGCAUUCAGAAAGGGUUUAGCAAYGGGCACGUGAUGAGCGCUGCCCAGUACAGCGCGCCAGGCUGCGGGUCAGCGUUAGUGCUCGUCUCUACCACCAUCGCCUCAGUUAAUGUCUCGGAUGAGGAUGUUAGUACCAGUUCUGAUUGUUUAUCUCUGCUGACUGACUGGGAAGAUGUAGCUCUAAUACCAGAAUCACAGUAUGAACAAAGGUCAGAUCGUACUCAAUUUAAAGAUGACUUAAGGACAGAUAAUUUGACAGCAUCUGAAGAAACAACAAUUUCUAAAGCGUCAGCUGUGAUGAGUUCAGAUUUUCAAAGUCUGSAGAAAACAGUAGUACCUGUAGAACCUCAGAAGUCUGUCAUUUACAAAAGCCCUGAUACUACUAUUUAUAAUGUAGGAAUGGUCCCAAGGCAGCCUUCAAGUUUUUCUGCUUUUAAAUUACCACCUGCAAAAGUAAAUGCUACUUCAUCACAGUCGGCAUUAACUGUAAAUGAUUCCACUUCAGAGGCUCCUAAAAGAAAGCUAACGAGUCCAAAUAUGUUCCCAGCAGCGAAAAAACAGUCUUUUGCUAUAUAUGAAGAGAAAAAUGCAUCUUUUAAUCAUUCCUUACCUUUAAGAAAUUCUAACGUGUCCAGAGUGUCUCCUGCCAUUCUGAAUUCCACAGUCAAUUUGAAUCAGUCUGUAAGAGCUGCAAAAAAUGAAAAAACAACCCCCCCUCUUUGCAAUUGUGGUCGGAGAGCUAAAAGACUGUUUGUAUCAAACAGUGGCCCAAAUCAUGGCAAACCAUUUUUUUGUUGUCCUGUUGGUAAGCAUGAAGGCAAAAGGCAAGGCUGUGGAUACUUCAAGUGGGAAUAUGCAUUUCUAAAAGAGAAGUCUUCUAACGUGCCCCCUAUCAACACAGGUACUUUGACCUCUCUCAGACUUUCCUCCAGUACUUCAGGAAAUUCUUCCAACAAGAAAUGGUUGCAUCUUAGACCCUCUAUGAGAACUUGAAUUUUGUGUGUUUGUGUUUUUUAAUCCAAAUCUUAAACUUGUUCCUGCUUAAUAAAAUCAGGAUGGUCAAAUGAUCUUAGAUAUGUGUUCUGAGAAUGGAACAAAAAUGACAUGCUUGCUUAAAGUAGAUAAAAGUGGAACCUACUCAAGCAUACGGAGUGCCCAUAUGCUAUAAACCAUCUCAUUAAMGAAGGGGAGAAUUGAUCAAGCUGCAAGUGCUAAAAAGUACAAAYAUCUGGUAAUAUCUUAUAUUUCUGCUUUAUCAUGUAUUUUAAACUCUUUACUUGUCUUGCAACAUCAUUGUAAUGAUACUGAUACAAUUUUUGUCUUUUUCUUAACAUGGGUGUUGAGCUGUAACUUUUUAAAAUUUAAAAUGUAUUCUUUAGUUGCUGCACUUCUCAAAUGUGAUUCUUGAAAUAGCAGUGUUCUCUUAAAAAUCUCCUGUUUUAUUUAAAUAAAAGUAACAAUGAAGAAAA